AUGUCCUGUCGUUCUCUGCUCUCCGGCCGCUGCGGCACAUCGAGUUUCAGCUCCCGCUCGGCUUUAGCUCCUCGGACUUCCAGCUGCCACCGCAUCAGCACCGUCUCCUGCCGGAGCGGGACCGGCUCUGGCCGGCGGGGGCUUGCGGGCUUCGGUAGCCGCAGCGUCGCCUCCCUCGGGGCCUGCUCGCCCCGCAUGGCCGUGGCCAGCUCCCGCCCUGGGCGCUGCGGGUUAGGCUUCGGGGGAGGCUACGGAGGGGGCUACCGGGUGGUCGGUAGGGCCGGAGCCUUCGGCUACCGCUCCGGAGGCGUGUGCGGGCCCAGCCCGCCCUGCAUCACCACAGUAACGGUCAACGAGAGCCUGCUGACCCCGCUCAACCUGGAGAUCGACGCCAGCGCCCAGCGCGUGAAGCAAGAGGAGAAGGAGCAGAUCAAGUGUCUCAACACCAAGUUCGCCGCCUUCAUCGACAAGGUGCGUUUCCUGGAGCAGCAGAACAAGCUGCUGGAGACCAAAUGGCGCUUCAUGCAGCAGCAGAAGAGCACCAAAAGCAACCUUGAGCCUCUCUUCGAAGCCUACAUCCGCACCCUGCGGCAGCAGCUGGACAGCGCCACGAGCGACCGCGCCCGGCUGGAGGCCGAAUACUGCCAGAUUCAGGGGGUCCUGGAGGGACUCAAGAAGAAAUACGAGGAAGAGAUCGGGCUCCGGGCUGCGGCAGAGAAUGAAUUUGUGGCACUGAAGAAGGAUGUGGAUGCGGCUUUCCUGCACAAGACAGACCUGAAGGCCAACGUGGACGCCCUGAUCCAGGAGAUUCACUUCCUGAGAACUCUCUAUGAACAGGAGAUUUGCCAGCUGCAGUCCCAGAUCUCUGACACCUCGGUCAUCAUCAAGAUGGACAACAGCCGCGACCUGGAUCUGGACAGCAUCAUUGCCGAGGUCAAGGCCCAGUACGAGGAGAUCGCCCAGCGCAGUCGGGCCGAAGCCGAGUCCUGGUACCAGUCGAAAUACGAGGAAAUGCGGAUCGCGGCCGGCAAGCAUAGCGACAGUUUGCAUAGUAGCCGCAACAAUAUCAACGAGUUGAACCGACAGAUCCAGAGGCUGAGGGCCGAGGUGGAGCACGCCAAGGCCCAGCACUGCAAGCUGGAGAAGGCGGUGGCGGAGGCCGAGCAACAGGGUGAGGCGGCCCUCAGCGACGCCCGGGCCAAGCUGAUGGACCUGGAGGCCGCACUUCAGCAGGCCAAGCAGGACAUGGCCUGCCAGCUGCGCGAGUACCAGGAGCUGAUGAACGUCAAACUGGCCCUGGACAUCGAGAUUGCUACCUACAGAAGGCUGCUGGAAGGAGAGGAGAGCAGGCUGUGUGAGGGCGUUGGUCCAGUGAACAUAUCUGUGAGCAGCUCCCGCGGUGGGGUCGUGUGCGGGACGGAGUUGCCUUUCACCACCACCACCACCUCCUCCUACACCCGCAGUGGCGCCUGCUUCUCCAGCAGCAGUGGGAGCCGGGUCACCAGUGCCCGGAGUAGCGGCAGCGGAUGCGGGCUGAGCCUGGGCCAGGCCAGGGUGUCCAUGGGCGCCAGCCGAGGGGCCUGCGGGGCCUCCGUCGACCCCUGCCUGCCGUGCCCCAUGCCCUCCGGGGGCUUCAGCAGCGGGAGCAGCCGGGGCUCCAGUGGCCGGUUCAUCUCUGUCUCCUGCUCCUCGCAUCGGGCCCAGUUCUAGUUGCGGAGAAGCCUCAGGAACCAGAUGGAGAGAACUAGGCCCAGAGCCGCAUGGUGGGACCAUAAGGAUGGGAACAUCUCCAAAUCUCUCCCUUCUUUUCCCUUCUCAUCCCCUCUUUUCCUUCUCCCCUUCCCUUUCCUCAUUCCCCCCAUCCCAUCCCCUCCUCUUCCCUUCUCCCUCACCUCCCACCUCCUCCUCCUCUGGCUACCAUUUUCCCCAUUGAUAUCUGUUUGCACUGGUGUCUGGUUGCCAUGAAUUGCACUCUGCUUGCUAGGGUUUUGUGUUGUUUUUGUGGGUGUUAUGAUUGAGCCGGGGCUGGCACGUGAUCUGGGAUAUACCUUAUGCCUCCAGCGACCCCCUGAGAUCAGGAAGGCAGAUGUUGGAGCGGGGAUAGUGCGAGGGGGGCUGGAGACCUUGUGCCAGACCUAUCUACCUGAUUAUGAGCAUGUGGGUGUGUGUAUAUGUUGUAUGUCUUUCUUCAAUAAA